AUGGGUGUCUGUGGUUUGUCCUUCGAGGCCUCCUCACCAGCCAGCAACAUCUUCGGGGGCCUCAAUCCCGAGGCCAAUGAGUAUCCCUGGCUGGUAAGUCUAAAGGUGCAUGGUCGCCAUUUCUGCGGUGGAUCCAUUCUCCAUGCGAAAUGGGUGAUCACGGCCUCCCAUUGCUUCGUGGAUAGUGGGCCGAUUAUCAUCAUUUGA